CAAUGGGAGGAAAAAUACAGCAAAAACAGGUGUGAGGUCAGGUGACCAUUACUAAGGUAGAGGCUGUAGAAAGCCACCAGCUCACAUUCCUUUUGAGUAUCAGAAUAUAAAAGUUGGACUGUUCCUAAAACGUUUUUAGGCGGCAAGCUUUUUUUUGAAAAACAACCCAAUCUCUCUACCAGUAGGUAACAAUAUAUGAAUGAAAAUUGAUUUAAAUUUUUGUUUUUUUAUUUUCACUCUUGCAUAGGGUAUGGAAGUUUGGCGGAAAUUCUACAGCGUCGAAAACAGUCAACUCUCUUCGUACACUUCCACGGCAGCUUUCAUGAGAUACAGAGCUUUACCAAUGGCUUUAAGAGAUCGUAUAUAUCUUUUCAUGGAUUUCAAAUAUCAAGGGAAUUUUUAUAAGGAAUCGAUUCUCAAAAAAAUGCUUUCAUUUGCAUUGAGACAAGAAAUUCUUUUUACAAUAUCAGAAGAAGGCAUGGGAAACGUGAGAUUGUUCAAAAAAUGUCCGGACGAAGCUCUUAAUAAAAUUCGAAGAUGUUUAGUAUCUCAGAUAUUUUUACCAGGAGAUGUUAUUAUCAAGGAAGGUACCGAAGGUAACUGCAUGUUUUUUAUUUUGGCUGGAACAGUUGCAGUAACUGCCGCAAACAAGAAAACUUUGUGUUAUUUGAAGGAUGGAGCACAUUUUGGAGAAAUCGCUUUGGUGAUAAAUAUUCCCAGGGUUGCAAAUGUUGUCGCGAUUACCCCCUGUGAACUCUUCAGGCUCGAAAAGACUCAUUUUACCAACGUGAUGAGACUCUACCCUAAAAUACUAAGGCAAAUCAGGAAUGACGCCAAUGAAAGGAUUGCGAAGACCAGCGAAAGCCUUUUGGACGCCGAUAAGCUUUUCAAAACUUCUAUUAGACGUAAGAGAGUGUUUUACUGUUUUAAUGAAUAGAAUUGUAUUUUUUUAAAUUUUUUUUUAUAUCCACUGCUGUCAUGUUUAAACUGCAAUAGUUUAAAAAUGCAUAGUUC